CUUGAACGGCAGGAGACACUUCGGUCGUCUUUUAACCUCAAUCAUCGUUCCUCUUACAACCACGGCGUCCGUGUUCUCGUCAUGGCUACGUCCAAAUCACGCGUUCCUCGAUCGACAUCCUUGCGUGAAUCCGAUAGUCGUUUCUCCGAGUCAGAGAAGAUGGAGGGAGCCGGAAGCUGGGACGCUAUCGAGUGGACAAAAAUCGAGCCCGUUAAGAGGUCAGUGCCUCACGGAAUGUCUACUUUGCUGCUAGAAGAGGAGGAUGUUAUUGUGGAGGGACAUGGUGUUGUUCUUGUGAAUACUGAUGAGGCAGGCACAUUGUUGGUUACCAACUUUCGCCUACUUUUUGUGAUUGAAGGAACUAGGAAUAUAAAUCCUCUUGGCACAAUACCAUUGGCAACGAUUGAGAAAUUCAGCAAACAAGCUUUGAAGUUUCCCUCCGUCCCUCGUCAAUCUGAUAAAACUCCUUCGCGGCGGCUUCUCCAGCUUAUUGGUAAAGACAUGAGAAUUAUUGUCUUUGGAUUUCGCCCUCGUACGAAGCAGAGACGUGCUGUUUUUGAUGCACUAUGGAGGUAUACAAGGCCAGCACAAUUAUGGGAUCUUUAUACCUUUACUUGUGGACCUUCCAACUACAACAACACUAGCCCUAAGGUGCGGUUACUCAAUGAGUAUUUUCGGCUUCUCGGAAAAAGGUCCCAUCUUGCAUCAAGUCGUACUGUUGAAGAUGCAUCAUUUUGUAUAUCUAAUGAGUGGUGGAGAAUAAGUGGGGUAAAUUCCAACUAUGCUAUGUGCCCUACUUACCCAUUCUCGUUGAUUGUCCCCAAAUCUAUCAGGGACGAGGAAGUGCUACAGGCUUCAACCUUUCGUGCAAGGUGUCGCUUGCCUGUGAUUUCAUGGUGUCAUCCAGGAAGUGGAGCUGUCCUUGCACGUUCAUCCCAACCUUUAGUUGGCCUCAUGAUGAACACAAGGAGCAAUGCCGAUGAAAGUCUUGUUGCUGCACUUUGCACCCUAACUGCUGGUGGCAGAGGACCACGGAGGAAGCUUUAUAUUGCUGAUGCAAGACCAAGAAAAAAUGCUUUUGCAAAUGGGGCAAUGGGAGGUGGUUCAGAGUCUUCCUCUAAUUAUUUCCAGUCUGAGAUAGUAUUCUUUGGGAUAGACAAUAUUCAUGCUAUGAGGGAUAGCCUUUCUCGACUCAGAGAUUACCUAGAUACUCAUGGUGCUACUUCAUCAGAUGGAAUGUCGUCAUUCUUGAGAAAUGGUGGAUGGACCUGGGGUGGAGGCAAUCUUAGUAGUAUGUCUGCAUCGGUUUCUACCCUUGGAGAUAGUGGGUGGUUAAUACAUGUUCAGAGUGUUCUAGCUGGUUCUGCCUGGAUUGCUGCACGUGUUGCUUUAGAAUCAGCAUCAGUGCUUGUGCAUUGCAGUGAUGGAUGGGAUCGAACGACUCAGUUGGUUUCACUUGCUAGUUUGCUGCUUGAUCCAUACUAUCGGACAUUUAAGGGCUUUCAGGCACUUGUGGAGAAAGAUUGGCUUGCUUUUGGUCAUCCAUUUUCAGACCGUAUGGGAAUACCAACAGUAUCAGGAAACAAUAUCAAGACAAUUGAAUUACCCCGGCAAUCCUCACUUGGGAACUUUCCAUCAUCACCCGGGCGGCACCCAUCUGGAUCAUCGGUCACGCCUGCAGCUAGUGGGUCAUCGCAUGCACAAACUUCGAGCAACUAUUCUCCCAUAUUUUUGCAGUGGGUUGAUUGUGUUUCACAGUUAUUGCGGAUGUAUCCUUUUGCAUUUGAGUUCUCCUCGGCCUUCUUAGUCGAUUUCUUGGACUGCCAGCUUUCUUGUCGUUUUGGAAACUUCUUAUGCAACAGUGAAAAGGAGAGGCAGCAGGCUAGGGUUUCGGAUGCUUGUGGGUGUUUGUGGGCAUACUUGGCUGAUUUGCGUGCUUCUGAUGGAAGCUCUCAUGCACACUGUAACCCCUUUUAUGACCCAUUGAAACAUGAAGGUCCACUAUUACCUCCAGCAGCAGCUUUGGCUCCAACACUCUGGCCCCAAUUCCAUCUUCGGUGGGCCUGCCCAUCUGAAGCGCAAGCUGGUGAACUUGAAGCUCACUACCGGAACAUGGCUAAAAAGCUUUGUGAAGCGCAAAAGAUGAAAGACGUGGCUGAAAGGAAGGUUAAAGACAUCACGACCAGCAUGGAUUCAUUGACUUUAGAACUAGAAAAGGAGAAGCAACUCAGCAGCUCAGCCAUGGACUUGGCCAAGGGGGCCUGCAAGGAGAGUGCAGCCAUAAAACGAGCAAUAGAGUCACUUGGGUGCAAGGUUCACUUCUCGAGCAGUGGUGACUGUGCCUUGGAUAUUGGUACUGGACCUGAACUACAGCAGAAAUUCAUGUAUACUUCAAAGAGAGACCUCGAUGGUAAUGAGCCGCAGGAGGAGAAACUGGAUCUCUCUGUGUCCGUGUCACUUAUGGCAGAUGAUAAUGUUACCCGAAGUCCAGUUAAUCGGGCAUGUGAAACUCUCUGCCCGUUACGUACCAGAGAGGGUAGUUGCAAGUGGCCAGAUGCUGGUUGUGUACAGCUAGGAAGCCAAUUUGUUGGAUUAAAGGCCAACUUUGAUGCAUUUGACCGGCUUUCUAUUAACGAUUGUUAUUUUGGAUCAGAAUGAAGCUCCUCCCUAAUUCUUUUAACCAUGUCUCAUUGGUACUUCCACCGAAGGGGAUGCUGCCACAGAGAACAGGAAGUUCUGUCGGUCAUAUCCAUUCAAGGACAUGAGCUUUUGCAGCUGUAUCCAUUUAAGUUCCUGUUGUUGGAGGGGACUAGAAGAACAAAAAGAAAAGUCAGACCCCCUAGUGAAUGGAUGAAUGGUGAAUCUUUUCAAAGAAACCAUUGAUUGCCCCCGUAUUUGAAAGGGGCUUUGUUAAUUUUAUGUACAGAAAUUGUAGAGCCAUCGGAGGGCCACCAAUUAAUAUCUACAUUUUUUUUUCUGCGAAAUAAGGAAAAAGGGGGAGGGGGAGGGGGG